CAGUUAAAUUAUUUGAUUAGAUGUUAACUCAAUUUGAACAUCUUCAACACACACAUUAUACUAAGUUAAAGUUAAGCGUGUAUGAAUCCACCACAAGGGCCGCCUGCCAGCUUGAAAGUGAAACAUCAUCAACAAACUUUCUGCAGUAACUAUAUCCAUUCUACCUGUCAGUUGCGAAGAGAGUGUUUCCGCUUACUAAAAAAAGGAAUCACAAUAAAAAGUAAUGGUGUAAGGUGCAGCCGUGAUUCCUGCUUCGUGCGCUUAAACCGGUUGAAAAAAUACUCGUGCGGGACAGAACGCACAAAUUACAAAACGAUUUUACUUUGGAAAGGGUCGCACGGAAAAAAAUACGCGAUUCCGACAGUCACACGAGUGUUGAUCCGGUCAAAACUCAAGCGUACAAGCAGGAACACAACGUCCGUUCACACAAGGCCUGUUGAUCUAAUCAGGGUUGAUUCCGGAUCGUACCGGAUUGCACUGGGAAGGUAGGUUGGAUACUCACGGCACUAAUUAGAGCAUACAAGUAAAGCUAUGCACUUCUCCACCAGAUAAGAAUCCUGAAGGUAUCAGUACCAGCAAGCAGUGAUCUGCGAACGAAAAGCGAUACGCUUUUAACCAGCCUAGCAAACACGAAACGGAAAACGCCUUCCAAGAGAAGGCUCCUUUUCCGACACUUAAAGUGUCCUACUACAAGCAUCGGGACUCAGAUACCGGCUCAUCAGAAGUUCAAUCAAGGCGUCGGUCGAACAGGAACAAUUCGCAGGCAGAUCAGUUGGUGGAAGGAAUCUGGUCACCGCAGCUGUGCACCUGGACGCAGGUGAGCAGCCUGAGUACAAGCGGGUAAUAGGAGACCGUGACGCAAUAGGUCCCACGGUCGAGCUCAAGGGGAUUUUGUCACUAACGAGGGCACGCCGGAUGGAACGGAAGGUGGCGAGACACACGGUUCAUAUCGUGAGAUGCCGCAGCGGAUGGCGGGGCUGUGAGUACUAGCUUUUAAGAAGUGAAUAGAAUCAGUAGGCUGGAAGGGCAGAGCAGCAGGGAUAGGUGGAUAGAAGAAGUCAGAGAAAAAAGAGGAAUGUGUGAAGAGAGAUGAAUAAAGGGGUAGGAUGUUCAAAAUGACACGUGUAGGUUUUGGUUUUAUGAGCAGUCGGCCCAGUUGAGGCAAGUUGUCGCCGAGGCUGUAGCAAGACAAUAUUACAUUGGCGCCCAACCAAAACGAACCUUAGAUAAUUUGUUAACCCAAUUUGGCAAAAAAAUUAUAGAUUUAGUUUUGAUAAGUUCUUGUUGGCUUUAGUUGAUAAAUUGGCUUUUUGAAGACCUUAAUCGUUAUGGAGAUAAAUCCAUUACAUUUGAGUGAGGAAGAAUUAAAUUAUGAGUUGGCGUUGCGCAAAAUUAAGGGUCCGGCACAAUCCACCCGGCGAGACAAAUGUUCUCGUUUGCAACAAGCCAUGGAGCAAGACAUGAGAACGGGUUGCUUUCACACCGACUCCUCUCACGUGAUGGAAGACUCCCGCAAUAUAGAAGCUUGUCAAUCCCGAGUAAAACUUCUUCUCACACCGAUUGACACUGCCAUAAAGAAGCAUGACAUCGGAUUUUUAGAAAAUGUUAAAUCGCGACUGCGUCAUUACAGAAACCGUUUAAUACGCGUUCACCCGCCUCCGAUUGAGUUACGACAAGAAUAUGAAAGCUUGCAAGCGCUGAUUGCGGCUCUUUUAGAGGAAGUAUACGUCGCGUUAAACCCGUCAAUAGUUAGUCCAGUGAGGGAACGUAGUGAAAACACAACAGUGCAUAGUGACAGAGUGGACCAAAGGAGCAACAGUUCCGACCAUCGUUCAGAAGUCAGCAUUCCCAAUGUUUUUCCGGAGAGCACUAGGACAGCACCAGCGACCGGAACAGUUCCCAAAAACUCGUCAACCCAAACGACACGAUUCGAGCAACAAGCAGGACCGACGAGAAUCCAGAACGGACUACCAAUUGCUUCCUCUACAACAGGCAAAGGACGGGGUCGGGGAGUUCCAACAAGAUGGAACCUUACAGUACCUAGGUAUCAGCGAAACGAGGACGAUUCAAACGAGUGGGGACCGAACCCCUACAGUGACAUCUCGCAUGGACUGCCGCCACCAGCAUAUCGUUCCGUAGACUCUCCAAGGGACGGAGGAGGAAGCAACAAUUCCACAGAAUACAACCGACUGCGGGAUGAGUUACUAAAUCAUCUGCUGAGGCGUGAACGAAACCAACAGGAUGGACCGAGAAAUCCAAAAGCGAUCCACAAUUGGCCAUUCAAAUUCCGUGGCGAAAAAGACACGACGUCACUCAAUACGUUCUUGGACCGCGUGGAAUGUUUCGCUCGUUCUGAAGGGGUGGAGGAGGAAAUUUUGCUUAGAUCAAUCAAACACCUGUUGUUAGAAGACGCGCUGGAUUGGUAUGGACGAGCUUUUGCACAGGGAUCACUACUGUCGUGGAGGCAUUUUAAGGAGGAGAUCCGACGGGAAUUCUUACCUGGUAGCUACGCGCAAAUUCUACGCAUCGAAGCGAAUUUCCGAUUCCAAGGAACAAACGAAUCGUUCGCAAAAUUUUAUCGUGACAUUUCAGCACUUUUCCGUUUCGUUAGUCCACCGAUGGCGGAAGAUGAGAAAUUCUUCAUCGUGAAGAAAAAUAUGAAUGCAGAGUACGCGGCAAUAGUAGCGGCUGCCAGACCAGGAACAUUACUGGAAUUGGCUGAGGUUUGCAACGGGUUUGACGAAACAAGGUUAUUACUAAACCGGCAGCGACGUGUACCAUUCCCGCACAAUACUCUACUGGAGCCAAACUUUGCGACCCCCGUUACCUCGCAAAGAACAUACUCGGGUACGGUCACUCCACAGAGAUUCGGUAGAGUACACGCGAUAGGGCUACAUGAAGCACAAGAAGUCCAAUCACACAGUGAUCUAAUAGACUUUGCACGUAGCGAGCAGGAAGAUCAAGAGUGGGCACAACAGCUGGAAAACCUUUGUCAACAGGUGAACGCGCUGAAAGGGCGAUUUGAAAGGAGAGAGCAACGUCGACCCUCAAAUUCACAAGGAUUCCAGUACCAUCAGUCGACGCAGGAGCGACACGGAACACCGAACACAGUAAGCAACAUACCACAAUCGCUGUCGCCAAAUCAACCGCGGUCACAGCAGCAACCCCAGCAGACUCCUAUUCAUAUUCAAGAACCACACGGAGAAUUAAGGCGUUCAACGCUAUCGUGCUGGAACUGUGAUGAAGAUGGACACCGGUUUAUGGACUGCCCGAAACCCCAAGCAGUGUUGUUUUGCUACCGUUGUGGCCGGAAAGGUUUCUCGCUUCGCAAUUGUCCCAUUUGCUCAACUGGUCAGGGAAACGUACAGGCGAGGAGUCAGUAA